ACGUCAUCACCCAGCCGACUAUGGCGGAAUGCGUCGGAGGCAGCAGCCACACGAUGGACAAAAGUAUCACCCUCCCUCCAGACCAGAUCUUCCGGAACCUGGAAAACGCAAAACGCUUCGCCAUCGACAUCGGCGGCUCCCUGACUAAACUGGCCUACUACUCCACCGUCCAGCACAAAGUGGCGAAGGUGCGCUCCUUCGACCACACCGCCAAGGAGGCCCCCAGCGACAAGCUGUACGAGAUCUCCAUGCAGGAGGAGGUCACGGCGCGCCUCCACUUCAUCAAGUUCGAGAACGCGUACAUUGAGACGUGCCUGGACUUCAUCAAAGACCAUCUGGUCAACACGGAAACCAAAGUCAUCAAAGCCACGGGUGGGGGGGCGCACAAGUUCAAAGAGCUCAUAGAGAAGAAGCUGGGGCUAAAGGUGGACAAAGAGGACGAGAUGACCUGCCUCAUCAAGGGCUGCAACUUUGUGCUGAAGAACAUCCCACACGAGGCCUUCGUGUACGCCAGACACGCAGACUCCGAGUUCCGCUUUCAGACCACCAACCCCGACAUCUUUCCGUACCUGCUGGUGAACAUCGGCUCUGGAGUUUCCAUCGUUAAGGUUGAGUCAGAGGACAAAUUUGAGCGAAUCGGCGGGAGCUCAAUCGGCGGCGGGACAUUCUGGGGUCUUGGCGCUUUGCUCACCAAAACAAAGAGGUUCGAUGAGCUGCUGCAGCUGGCCUCCAAAGGACAACACACCAACGUGGACAUGCUGGUCAAAGACAUCUACGGCGGGUCCUACGGCUGUUUGGGACUAACCGGAGAUCUGAUUGCAAGUAGUUUUGGGAAGUCUGCAACCGCUGACAAAGACUUCUGCAAAGAAGACAUGGCCAAGAGUUUACUGCACAUGAUCAGCAACGACAUCGGGCAGCUGGCCUGUCUGUACGCCAAGCUGCACGGCCUGUCCAGAGUCUACUUUGGGGGCUUCUUCAUCAGAGGACACCCCGUCACCAUGCACACCAUCACCUACAGUAUCAACUUCUUCACCAAGGGGGAAGUUCAGGCCUUGUUCCUGAGGCACGAGGGCUACCUGGGCGCCAUCGGAGCCUUUCUGAAAGGAGCGGAGGAGGACAAUCCGAACCAGUACAGCUGGGGGGAGAACUACGCCGGCAGCUCCGGCCUGAUGAGCGUUUCUCCAGAGAUGAACCCGCUGCAGCGCGCUCGGAGCGGAACGUUCUGUUUUGACAUGCUGGAAAUGGACCGUCUGGAGCGGCAGCUGGUCAACCUGCCGCUGCUGCAGGACCCGUCCUCCUACAUCCCGGACACCAUGGACCUCACGGAGGACGCUCCGGCCCGGGAGUACUGGCUCUACUGCUUUGAAGAGGCCUUGGACGGCGUGGUGAAGAGAGCCGUGGCGAGUCAGCCCGACCCACAGGAAGCAGCCGCACGGGCCGAGAAGUUCUGCCAGAAGUACCGACACAAGCUGCAGACCCUGCGGCACCAGCCUUUCGCCUAUGGGUCCCUCACCGUCAGGAGUCUGUUGGACACCCGGGAACACUGUCUGAACGAGUUCAACUUUCCCGACCCGUACUCCAAGAUCAAGCAGAGGGAGAACGACUCGGCGCUGAAGUAUUUCCAGAAGGCGGUGAAGGCUUUGGAGCAGCUGAGCUGGGAGGACAGACAGUUCGCUCUGGUCCGAGGAGUCCUGGCUGGGAAUGUUUUUGACUGGGGGGCCAAGGCUGUGUCAGACGUCCUGGAGUCUGACCCGGAGUUUGGAUUUGAAGAAGCAAAGCGGCAGCUGGAAGUGCGGCCGUGGCUCGUAGACUGCUUUGACCGGUGGCUGGAGAGACUCAAGGGCCCCCCUCAUAAGUGUGCCUUGUUUUUCGUAGAUAAUAGUGGAGUGGACAUCAUUCUAGGGGUGAUGCCCUUCGUUAGAGAGCUGCUCUCUCGAGGAACGGAGGUGGUGCUGGCGAGCAACUCCGGUCCAGCUUUGAACGACGUAACAAACGGAGAGCUGCAGAUCCUCACGGAGAGAAUCGCAGCCAUGGAUCCUGUGAUCAGGAGCGGCCUGAAGGAGGACAGGUUGACGUUGGUCCAAAGCGGUUCCAGUUCUCCGUGUCUGGAUCUGAGCCGCCUGGAUAAGGUGCUGGCCAUGGUGGUGCGGGAGCGCCAAACUGACCUGGUGAUCAUCGAGGGAAUGGGCCGAGCGAUCCACACCAACUACCACGCCAUGCUGAGCUGCGAGAGCCUGAAGAUGGCCGUCCUGAAGAACUCCUGGCUGGCCGACCGGCUCGGCGGGAAGCUCUUCAGCGUGGUCUUCAAGUACGAGGUUCCGGCGGGGAAAUGCUGAGGGUCUGCCUGGAGAAGCAGUCAGAGGCCGGAGAUCAAACGAUUGUAACGGGAUGGAGACGCGUUCCUUCCAGCAGGUCGUUGUGGUUCCUGUUGGUUGGAAGGUUGUUUUUUUCAUGAACAUUAAACGUCUUUCUUGCAGGUUUCAGCCGUUUGGGUCGCUUUACUUUAUUUUUUUCAGCGUUUGCAUGUCGGGGGAGCAGGAAGUGGCUCUGAUGUGAGGAGGAAGCUGUAGCGGCGUUUAGGCGUGUUACAUGCCUUAGGUCUGCAGGGAUGGAAGCUCUCAGCUCGUCUUCUUCCUGUUUGCAUCACUGCCAGCAGAUGAAUGACGUCGUUUGUUAUUAGUGAAGCAAAAGCAGCACUUUAAAUCAGGACUCUUACCGCCGUCCUCCACAGGGGGGCAGUAUCAAACCUAUGGCCGGCCGCACAUGUGGGUGUUCUGUAGGGAUGGAAGGCGUUCUGUGAUCCGCCUGAACGUUUGACGGCAAUAAAAACUGAGGAACGGUUCUGCAUUUGUACAUAUGUGACAUACGAGUGUGUAUAUAUGUAAAGUACAACAACCCAACAAGCACAAUGUUUGUGUUCUUCUGACAAUCACUUUCAAAUAAACGCUGAAGCUUUUAUUUAA